AUUUCAUAACUAGAUAAAUAUUAAGAUGAUGAAUUUAAGAGUCGAUGAACUGGAUGACGGAUACUCCGAAAAUGGGGAUGAUGUCGGUGAUUACUCCUGGUUCGUCGAAGAAGAAAAAGAUGAUGAGAUCAUUGAUGAGGAAGAAUCUGAGGAGCAAGAGGAAGAAGACGAUGAAGAUGAGGAGGUCAAAUACAACAUAAGCGAAUCGGACGACGGUUCUUGUAGCGGUGAUAAUAACGAAAACAAAAUGCUCAAAGCCCACUUGUUUAAGAAUAAUCUGUAUGAGAGUGAAGAAUUAUCUCAAGGAAUGCCGCUUAGGGCAUCUAGUGCUCCAGCCAGGCCACUGACUGAGCUUGAAGACUUUCGAAGAUCAAAUGAUUUCUUGCUACUUGAAAAUGCAGUGAUGCUCUCUUCAAAGUUGAUGAAGAGGAGUGAUAACAAAUAUGACUUAGACUCUUCUGAGGGGCAAAGGAUAUGCAAAAGGUUUUUGAGCCAAAUCGAAAAGCUGUGCGGGAGCUACACAGUCAAGACUUCUUCAAGAGAAUAUAGGAGUGAAUUCUCCCAAGCGUACAGGGUUCUAUUCGUCGACGCUUCUUUGAGUUAUUUGACUGAAAUUUUAGACUCAGCACAGGAAGGGUUUCCUUUCCUUUAUGUCAAUGGUGAAAAGUAUAUGUUUUCGCAAGAUGUGCUGGAGGCAGGGCAAAAAUUAUUUCAUGGUUUUUGUGAGAUUCAGCAUGUAAUUAAAUAAUAUAUAUUCUCUCGCUUGUGAGGAGAAUCCCCACGCUUCUGUUGAGGAGAUUAAAGAAGAUAUCCGAGCAAACUUGGAAGCCUUUGAUAAAUACUGGGUCACUUUUGAGCAACUCUAUGUCUUUGAGCUUAUGCUAAUCGAAGCUGAUGCCAGACGUUAUAUUACAGAUGCUGUUGAAAUUGAAAAGGACUUGAUUUCUAUGGAAGCGAAGGAAAAAUUAAAGGGGAAAAUAUUUUUGGACAGCGAGGAAUACAACAAUGCACGUAAAAAGUUAGUUAAAGUUAUCGGCCAGAUUAAUUCAGUUGCUAAUCCUGAAGGGACUGGGAGAGAUGAUCUUGGAAUUCAGAUUCUCAUCAAAUCGGAACAUUUGAUCCGGACUGUUUCCGCUACCCAAUCUACUGCGGUUAGGUGACUGGCAGAGAAGAUUAAGAAGACUUUUAAGGACCUUAGGGCUUUGUUCAAGAAAUAUCAGCAAAAUAUAGAGGUAGUGGACCCUCAAUUGAGAAACAACCCUGAUCUGGUAGAUGCAUUAUUUGCAUAUGAAAAUUCUUGGGAGAAAGGUGCUGCUUACUUCACUGAUUCUAAGAAAUGACAGCAGCUGCUUCAUUUUUCGCAAAGAAUUGAAGCAUUGAAGGAGAAACAUUCGAAGUUUGCGAACCAGAUUGAAGAUAGAGAUGCUGAAAUAUUUGUGUCUAUUCCUUCUAUCCUAGUGCUAAUGGCAACAAAUAAUGAAGAUAAGGGUCUCUGAGCGACCUUUUGACCGGAUAUUUUCAAAAUUGAGACUAAGUUAAACCAAGUUUUGAAAGAGCUCAAGGAGCUAUUUGGAGGAAAAAUGAUAUGAGAAGACUUCGAACUAUACAAUUACAUUGAAAAAACAAUCCUUGAUAUGGAUCUUCCUGACAACCUUAAAGAGAAGGUCAAGGACCAGGAGCUCAAAAUCGAGCUGAUCUUGCAGAAGAUCAAAUGGCUAUCUAUGCAAGUGUCAAGACAAGAUCCUACGGAAUGGAAUCUAUUUCUUGAUGUAUUACUAAUGUCAUAGCACGUUCUUAUCUUUUCUUGAAUAUUAUAUGAGCUUCAAGAUUGCUGA